UAAAGGAUGUGUGCAGAAUUUGUAUUUUCAACAGGAAUUUAGAUUGAAAUUCAGUCACACUAAAUGAUUAUUAAUGCUUCUUAACUCAUCAAUUCAAGAAUGGAAUAAAUAUUACUUGGAAACUGUGCUUAAACAGCUUUGGACAACAUUUUAAACUUCUAAAAUAUCUAUAUCUGUCCUAAUUAAGUCAGGGUAGCAAAGAGAGUAUUUAAGCCCCACGUGUUUUCUUAUUGAUGCAAAUGGUGCUUUGUGUUCUUUUAUUUGUGGGAAGCUUUGUUAGCCUCAGUUAGCUCAAAUACUUGCAUAUGAUUUGUUUUUUUUCAAAAGAAAAGAUACACUGUAUUUAGAGAUGCAAAUACUACCUUGUCUGCAAAACCCACCAGCUGUUAUACUGGAAGACAAAGCUAAUUCUAUGUUGCUUUACUUCAUUGGUGUCUGUGUAUUCCUAAGCAUCUUUUUAACAAGCAUCUCUGCAUAGAUGAAAAAUAGCAGGCACCGAAUUUUUUUAUUUCUUUGAUAACAGCCUAGUAAAAUCAGAGUUGAUCUGUGAAUUAAAAAAAAAAUAUAAGCAAGCAAAUAGCUUAACUAUGAUAAUAUACCUUUGCAUUAAUGUUUAUAGAAAAGUUGAACAGUCUGUUAGCCUUGAUUCUCAAAUACCUUGAAAUAUGAGUUUACUGUUGCUGCCUUGAAUAUUUGACUUGAGACUGAGUCAGAUCAAAUAUAUGGCUCUGUUGCAGAAGAAGCUGCUGCUGGUUUGUGUGUCAGUAGCACACUUUUCUGGAGAGGAUCUUUGCUUCUGUUUUAAACAUCUGGAGAGAGACAAAGAACGUUUGUGGGAUCUUUUGUUGCCUCUAAAAGUUGGAGCAGGGAAAAAAUUACGUUCCAAUAAAUACCCAGAAUCCUGGAAAAAUCCACGUAGAAUCAUUAAGUGUUAAAGUUUAUCUUCUUUACAAACAGAAGUGCUUUCGUUUUAUCUCUGGCAGCUGUCCUGGUAAUGGAUGUUAUGUAAUAUUUACUCUCUCCUUCAGAGUUAAAUCCUUUUCCGAUUUGUGAGUAGUAUGUGCAUAUGCAUUUCUUAGCUGCAUGGACAUGCCAGAUGCACAGUGGUAGCUGUCUCCGCCUGCUAAUCCUGUAAUAACAUUCUGGUGACCAAAUUCAAUGGCCGUGCUCGGAGCCUCGGAACAGCUGAUUGCUGAGUAGGGAGGAAAAAAAAAAAGAUCCCAGCGAAUCUGGUUGCAGCUCUCUGCUGCAUCCCCAUCCCACAAUCCCUUGCACCAUUUGCUGCAGUCUUUCUACACAGGCUGAGUGAGAAAAAGAUGUGCUAAAUAAAGAUUGAUUGGUUUGAAUCCUGAAGGGGUCUCCCACUUGUAAAUGACCCAGGGAGAAAAAAAAUUCAUGACGACUUCACUGGGCCUCCUCUUAUUCUUCCAUUUUUCUUUCCACCUGUCCUCUUCAUGGAAUGGAGCGUCAUUCCUUAGAGCACAAAAUCUCUCAUGCAUCUAAUAAUGAUUGUGCUGUGAUAGGGAUUCCUUAGCAGUUUUAUGCGUGAGGUUUGAAAUAUUAACAGAUGAUGGUUUGUUCGUUUGGAUUACUGCGGAACUGCAGCUCCGUCCCUGCAAGGAUUUUAUCCUCAGCACUGCACUGAUUUAAGCUAUUUUUCUACAAAGAUGGGACACGAGGUGUUCCAAGCCUGCUGCCAUCUCUUUAACCUGCGAUUUUAAUUCUAACACACUGUGCAGGGUAGAAGGGAACAGGACCCAUAUGUCAGUGGUCUAGGAUGGCCAGUGAAGGCUCCAACAUCCCAAGUCCUGUGGUCCGUCAGAUUGACAAGCAGUUUCUGAUUUGCAGCAUAUGCCUGGACCGUUACAAGAACCCCAAAGUACUUCCCUGCCUGCACACUUUCUGUGAGAGGUGUUUACAGAAUUACAUUCCAGCCCAUAGCUUAACCCUUUCUUGCCCCGUGUGCCGCCAGACCUCCAUUCUGCCAGAGAAAGGGGUUUCUGCACUCCAGAACAACUUCUUUAUUACCAACCUGAUGGAUGUCCUGCAGCGAACGCCGGACAACAGCAUUGAGGAGUCCUCCAUCUUGGAGACUGUCACUGCUGUUGCUGCAGGCAAACCACUCUCCUGCCCCAAUCAUGAUGGAAAUGUGAUGGAGUUUUACUGCCAGUCCUGUGAGACAGCCAUGUGCCGGGAGUGCACAGAGGGAGAACAUGCAGAGCAUCCCACGGUACCACUCAAGGAUGUGGUGGAGCAACACAAGGCUUCCCUCCAGGUUCAAUUGGAUGCUGUCAACAAAAGGCUUCCAGAGAUUGACUCAGCACUUCAUUUUAUAUCUGAAAUCAUACACCAGUUAACCAACCAAAAGGCAAGCAUCGUAGAUGACAUUCAUUCCACUUUUGAUGAACUCCAGAAGACUUUAAAUGUGCGAAAGAGUGUGCUGCUCAUGGAGCUGGAAGUGAAUUAUGGCCUUAAACACAAAGUCCUCCAGACACAGCUGGAUACCCUGCUAGAAGGACAGGAAAGCAUUAAAAGCUGCAGCAACUUUACAGCCCAAGCCCUCAACCAUGGCACUGAAACCGAAGUGCUGCUGGUGAAGAAGCAGAUGAGUGACAAGCUGAAUGAACUGGCUGAGAGGGACUUCCCGCUGCAGCCCCGAGAAAACGAUCAGUUGGACUUUAUAGUGGAAACAGAAGGGCUGAAGAAGUCCAUUCACAACCUGGGGACUAUUUUAACCACCAACGCUGUUGCCUCUGAAACAGUUGCCACCGGUGAGGGACUGAGGCAGACGGUGAUCGGACAGCCCAUGUCCGUUACCAUCACGACCAAGGACAAAGAUGGGGAGCUCUGUAAAUCUGGGAAUGCUUACCUCACUGCUGAACUGAGCACGCCUGAUGGGAGUGUGGCGGAUGGAGAAAUACUUGACAACAAAAACGGCACUUAUGAAUUUUUGUAUACUGUUCAGAAAGAAGGGGACUUCACUUUGUCACUGAGACUUUAUGAUCAACAUAUCAAGGGCAGCCCAUUCAAACUUAAAGUGGUCAGGUCAGCAGAUGUGUCUCCUACCACUGAAGGGGUUAAGAGACGUGUUAAAUCUCCAGGCAGUGGUCAUGUAAAGCAGAAAGCUGUGAAAAGACCUGCGAGCAUGUACAGCACUGGCAAAAGAAAAGAGAAUCCCAUUGAAGAUGAUUUGAUCUUCAGAAUAGGCACCAAAGGAAGAAACAAAGGGGAAUUUACAAAUCUUCAAGGUGUAGCUGCAUCUACAAAUGGAAAAAUAUUAAUAGCAGACAGUAACAACCAGUGUGUGCAGAUAUUUUCCAAUGAUGGUCAGUUUAAAAGCCGUUUUGGCAUACGAGGAAGGUCUCCUGGCCAGCUGCAGCGGCCAACAGGAGUGGCUGUGCAUCCCAAUGGUGACAUCAUUAUUGCAGACUAUGAUAACAAAUGGGUUAGCAUAUUCUCAUCAGAUGGAAAAUUUAAGGCCAAAAUUGGGUCUGGAAAGCUCAUGGGACCUAAAGGUGUUUCUGUGGAUCGUAACGGACACAUCAUUGUAGUGGACAAUAAAGCAUGCUGUGUCUUCAUCUUCCAGCCAAAUGGGAAAAUAGUCACCAGGUUCGGAAGUCGAGGAAAUGGUGACAAGCAGUUUGCAGGUACACUUGAUGGUCCUCAUUUUGCAGCUGUAAACAGCAACAAUGAAAUUAUCAUUACUGAUUUUCAUAACCAUUCUGUCAAGGUCUUUAACCAGGAGGGAGAGUUCAUGCUGAAGUUUGGAUCAAAUGGAGAAGGAAAUGGGCAAUUUAAUGCACCAACUGGAGUAGCAGUAGAUUCUAAUGGAAAUAUUAUUGUAGCAGAUUGGGGAAACAGCCGAAUACAGGUUUUUGAUGGAAGUGGAUCAUUUUUAUCCUACAUUAACACCUCUGCUGACCCACUUUAUGGUCCCCAAGGUCUGGCUCUUACUUCAGAUGGCCAUGUUGUAGUCGCAGACUCUGGAAAUCACUGCUUUAAGGUCUAUCGAUAUUUACAGUAGCAAUGAGCUCUGGAGCUGGAUAAUCACCCACCCUUAAGAAAAGACUCGUCCUAGAGAUUCAGGAUAUCUCCUACUUUGUGUUUAUUUUUAAUAACAAAGGCAUCUCUUAUGGACUUCUCAUGAUAAUUUCCAAACUUACCUUGUUUACAUAGGGCUUGCACCUCUUAUGUUUCUCACUGAACUUUUUGUUGUUAAGUGUUAAUAAAAAAAAUCCUCUGUAACUGAAUUCAUAAAGACAAUGUGAAAUUAAACACAAACUGCAUCCUAUGAAACUAGAAUUAAAUAAUAAGGCAAAAAUGAGAAAAGUCUGGGGGAAGUCCCCAAAGCUUUUUGAUGACUGCGAAGGAUAGCUUCUGCUCAGAGCUUCCAAAUUUAAAGAAGUAUCAUUCUUACACAUUAUUUAACCCCGAGGGGAUCCUGGGAAUCUUCUAUAUCUCAUUAUCAUGGUAGAUUACACUUUUAACAUUCUUCCGUCUUACUGUGUAUAACAAGUAGAUCCUUUUAGUAUAAGGUUAAGUCUCACAAAAUCAGUCUAGCUCUAACCGUCAGACCUAACACAGCUCAGUGUUUAGCACUAUGAGAAUCAAUGCAAAUUCCCUACUCAUGUGGAAUUAAUGAAGGAUUGUUUCGUGCGGCUGUUUUUCACUCUUCCUCUUGCUCAAUGUGCAGGAAGGACUUUGCAGAGAACUGACAUUUCUAAAGCUCUGGAAAAACUCAAUUGUAGUGAUACAUUAGUGGGAGCAGAAUUUCUGAUAACCACAGACCUUCUGACACCAAACUAGUUCAUUAGGAUCAGGGUUAUUGCAAUGUCAAGUCAAUUAACCUCAUGUGUGCCACUCUUUCGUACGUGUUCAUUGCCAUGUUUCCUUACGGCAACUCAUUGUAUUAACCUCUAAAAUAAAAUGCAGCUUCACACAGGACAGAAAGCCAGAGAAGUACCCUGUGGAGGACCUACAUUAUACAACCAAAGGAACUGUGGUAAAUGGAGGUUGUGUAGGAAAGCCAGGGGUUACCAAAGCUAUUUCUUUUUAUGUGAGAAAAAAUAUGUUACAAAUAAAAAUGAAUUUGAACCACUUCCUGAAGUCCUUCAUCAAAGGGAAUUUUGUUAGAGAACAAAACAAGGACUGUGAGAUUUGUUUCAAUUUGUUUGUAUGUAUGUAUGUAUGACUGAUUGACAUAAAAAUGAAAAAAAAAGUAAAUGUGGGUUAUUUCAGCAAACUGGAACGUAUGUAUGAUAUUUGACAAUGGCAGUACUCUGAAAAAUGACCUUUCUUCCUCUGCCAGAUCUCUCUACUGUGUUCUUUGUUGAAGUAUUAAUUUAACUGGAAAUGCUUACAGGCAUGGUUCUGUUUUUAAUGUUUGGUUUGUUGGGGGGUUUUUAAGUAUGAACUUGUCUUUCUAAAGUAGCAUUGGCUUUAUUCUUAUUUCUAUAUCCAGUGGUCAAAGGUUGAAUUGCUACUGUAGCCUGAUUAUCUGUAGAUAGAGUGGUGCUCCCUUCUAAGUGUUGUUUGAGGAGCUGUGAGCUUGCUGCCAAUGCCUACAACAGCCUGGGAAGUGCUGUCUUUCUUUUCGCAUUUUUAGAGCCUUGAAACAAAAGGGCAUUGGGUCAGAAACAAGGGAGUAUUUUAAGCAUGUUUGCGAAAUGGAAAGAAAUAUUUGAUAAUUUUUUUUGUUAUAAGUAUUUGUCUUAUUUCUAAAACAUAAGGUGAUUGUUCUGAUGAAUUUGAGAAAAACUAAUGGUUUUUUUUCUAAUUUGCAUUUGAUUUGUAAAAAUGCAGACCCCAAGGUUCUUAAAUGGGGGAUUUGUCUGGUUUUUAAUUACUGUUUCCUGAAGAUAUUUCCUCUUCUUUCCUUUGUUUGUUAUUUGCACAUAAACCAAUUUAAAAUUUCUUGUGCAAAUAUAAGUUUCCUUAGUUCAUUGGAAUAAGUAUUUUGUGCAUGAAGCUUAAGGACUGUAUAAUGAAGCUAAGAAACUGAUGGUAACAUUUAUUAAUAUUAAAAGUCAAGUUUGUUAUUACUAAGAAAACAAAAUAUCCUCUGCUUGAACUGAGUUUGUCCUAAAAUUCUGAAGAUGGUAUCUCGGUCAUUACAAAUAAACUGUCCUAUCAAAAUUUAACAAAGCUGUAGAUCAAAUUUUCAUUCUAAGUGUCCUUAAAACAUUUUCUGACAUUGGAAGACCCUUAAAUGGCACAUCAAUGAAGAAAAGACAUUCGAACUGUAGUUAGUAAUGAAGAGAAGAGGUUGCACAGAUUGAGAUAAAUUUUUUUUUAAAUGUGCUGUGGCUGUCAGUUAUCAUAUUUAGUUUCAAAUAUGGAUUUUUAUAAUACAAUUUUACUAAGCUUGCAUAUUUGCCCCUCAGAAAACAUUGCCAAAACACUGUUGUCAGGUACUUUGAGAAGCAUGAAAAUAAGAUCCUAACCCAUAUAUCAGAAAAGAUAUUUAAGACUGUACUAUUUCAUGUAUACACUUUUCUUCAAAAGUUUUUCAGUCCUUUGGUCCAACAUUGUUUACCAGGAUUUUAGAUAACCCUUGUGAACCCAGUACAUCCUGAUUAAAUAAGUGAAUUCUGCACUAACCCCCCCUUACAACCCAGCUGAAAGCUAUUAGGAGUUUUGUGGUCUUUUUCUGAGUAGUCUUUUGGAUUUUCAGAUAUUAUCAGCAGAGCAGCACCUAAAGAAUGUCAUGAAUUUGAAGUUACUUCUGAUAGCAAAUGCUGUCAGCAUUUGAAUUUAUUUCUGAUAGCCAAUGCUCAACUUCAAAUUUAGUGGCAUAGGGCAUUCCCUUCCAAGGUCUGACCUUAACUGCCUGGCACUGGGAAACUGAGAAACACAUUGCUUUUAUGGUGCUUCUGAAGCCAAUUUUGCUAAAAUGCUUGGCUUACAAACCUUACAAAGAGCAACCAAAGCAGAAAUUCUGCACUUAAAAGCUGGCAGACUUUUUUUCUCAUCCAGUUAAGGGAAGGUCAGAAUUGCACUAUGUGAUUUGCUGAGUUGUUAGCAUUUAUUAAAGGCUUUAUAGGCACGCUGCUGCCAGAUUUCAGGUAUAACCAAAUGUCCCCUUAACUUCUAAUUGACUAGCAGCACAGUACGAAUGGUGAAAGUAUUUGCUUCAUUUAACUAAUCUUCAACUCAAAAGUAAUCUCAAAAGGUUAUUAGAUCUUGUGGCAUAUGGAGCAUUUUAGGACAAACUAGCCAACUGUAUUUUCAUUGUUCAGUGAAUAGAAUAAAAAGAUAUGUUCAGAUAAAUCCAAUAUAAACAAUAGGAGAGUUUUACAUAGGUUAAACCAGCACCAAUGUAUUGAAAAAGAAAAGGAAAAUGGUUUAGGCAAGCAAUUGCCUCAUGAAGAUGGAGUGCUAUUUACUAGUAAAUGUUCAUUUGUUCUGUAAAAGCUAGAGGGCUUUUGAUUUUAUGUCAGUAUUUUUAAUAAUAAGGAUCUAGUGUUGCCAUAAUGAGAACUGUUAAGUGCCCAAUAUGUUGUGUUUAUUAUAAAGAAAUGACUUUCAGUUGUGGGAGACAGCUUUUUAUGAAAUCGUGAUGUAAAGUCAAAUUUUUCUUCAGGAAUUCAAGCAGGCAUUAUCUGACCUGUUUGUGGAAAGUGUAUAAAAUACCUUUUGUACUAUGGAGUGGGAAGGUUCCUAACAGGUCAUUUUAUUUCUGACAAAUGUACAGCACUUCAGUCAAUGUUUGUGAGCAACACAGCCUUAACCCUGACACUUUUUCUUUGGCUUUAUGACAUGGGAAUGUUCCCUAAGUUACAUAGUGUAUGGCAGCAGCCUCUGACAGAAAUCUCUACCAGUUGAUAUGCUGCAACUUUCCAGUUCUAGGAGUGUUUCCAGUUCUUUUUUUCAUGUGUUUUCAAAGUUUUUGUACAUUCCAUCUUUGUAAGUCAAUAUAUGUUUUGUGUAUAUGUAAACCUUGCACUCUCUUGACACUCAUAAUGAAAUAUUCUUCUCACUUGUUUGUUUCAAUGAUGAUGUUUUUGGGUUUUUUGUUUUUGUUUGUUUGUUUGUUUGUUUUUAAUCCCUAUGAAGCUAAAUACAGACUUUCUCUCCUUAAGGUCAAGGAUGAAAGAUGCACAUCAAAGUGUUUGUAUGUGCGUGUGUGUGCGCGUGUGUGUGUGUAGUUUUAGCUUCCUGUGUGCCAUGGUAUUCAUAAUGCUUUAGCUGACAAAAAAAAUUACUCUGUCUUGGAAAUGUAGGAAAACCAGAGUCAAAUGUGUACCUUUACCACGCACAAAAAUUUCAAAUAAUAAAAAUAAAGCUUGUUUCCUCUGUUA